AUGUUCCCCAAACCUCCUGCUCAACGACUCCCCAAGGGUUUCGGCGAUAUCAAUCCAGAUCACCAGCAGUAUAAUGCGAAAGAUGUAGAAAGCGUCCAAGCAAAGAUCGCCGUGCCCGCCGAUGCUUCAAUUAACCAUCCCGAUAUUCGUCUGUUGGCCCGUCUUGCAGUUGCCAUGGUUCAGGAUAAGGCAUACAAAGGAACCGACUACGAGUCAGUGCCACUAUACCGAAAUCGUCCUCAAAAUCACGUGGACAUGCCUUUCCCAACAAUGGAAGAACUGAUUGCGGUAAUCAAUAAACGAAAAGAAAUCAUGGAAGAAGAAAGAAAAUACGGAAAGCAAGCCAAGUUAGAUGCCGAACACGACAGCGCCCUCCAGAAACCGAAGCAAAUGCCAAAAGAA